AUGGCGGAGCGCGGACAGCUCCCUAUCCCCGCCAAGCGCCUUUGCUGCAGACCUGGGUAUGGUGCUGGUUGCAGGCCGGGGCAGCGGGCGGGCGGCGGCGGCGGCGUGGAUGUCGGCCUCGGCGGCGGCGGGGCACUUUGCGUCGCGGGACCCUCGUCGGCCGCCGCUGCCGCUUCCUCCGCCGCCGUCGCCGCUUUCCCCUCUGCCCUCGCCGCGGCUUAUGCCGCGUUCGGAGUGCUUCCAUUGGGCAAGACGCAGAGCCCGGAGUCCCUGCUGGACAUCGCGGCGCGGCGGGUAGCGGAGAAGUGGCCCUUCCAACGGGUGGAGGAACGGUUCGAGCGCAUCCCGGAGCCCGUGCAGCGCCGCAUCGUGUACUGGUCCUUCCCCCGCAGCGAGAGAGAGAUCUGCAUGUAUUCUUCCUUCAACACCGGCGGCGCCGCCGCCGAGGAGUCCUCCGCCAGCAGCGUUUCAGCCGCUUCCUCGGGCGGGGGAGCCGCCUCCGUGGCUUCCACGGGUACCGCCGGCGGCGGCGCCUCUCUCGCUAGCGCCGUCUCCAACAACAGCGGCGGAAGCGGGGGGACCAACAACGCCGCGCCCGCCGGCGGCGGCGGGACAGACCCCGCUGCCGACGAGAACCGCCUGCCCUUCCGCAGGGGCAUUGCUUUGCUCGACGGCGGCUGCGUCGACAACGUUCUGCAAGUCGGUUUCCACCUGAGUGGUACUGUGACUGAACCUGCCAUGCAGUCCGAGCCAGAAACUGUUUGCAAUGUGGCUAUCAGCUUUGAUCGUUGCAAGAUUACCUCAGUGACCUGUAGCUGUGGAAACAAAGACAUAUUUUACUGUGCCCAUGUUGUGGCCCUUUCUUUAUACCGGAUCCGCAAGCCAGAUCAGGUCAAACUGCAUCUUCCCAUUUCAGAGACUCUUUUUCAAAUGAACAGAGACCAACUGCAAAAAUUUGUACAGUAUUUGAUUACAGUGCACCAUACUGAAGUUUUGCCAACUGCUCAGAAGCUCGCAGAUGAAAUCCUUUCUCAGAAUUCAGAGAUCAAUCAAGUUCAUGGUGCCCCUGAUCCUACAGCAGGAGCGAGUAUAGAUGAUGAAAACUGCUGGCAUUUGGAUGAAGAGCAAGUUCAGGAACAAGUUAAACUUUUUCUUUCCCAAGGUGGAUACCAUGGAUCAGGGAAACAGCUCAAUUUGCUUUUUGCAAAGGUGCGAGAGAUGUUAAAGAUGAGAGAUUCAAAUGGUGCUCGUAUGCUGACACUGAUAACAGAACAGUUCAUGGCUGACCCACGGCUGUCACUUUGGAGACAACAAGGAACUGCAAUGACAGACAAAUAUAGGCAGCUGUGGGAUGAACUAGGUGCUCUUUGGAUGUGCAUAGUAUUAAAUCCUCAUUGCAAGUUGGAACAAAAGGCCAGUUGGCUGAAACAGCUUAAGAAAUGGAAUAGUGUUGAUGUGUGUCCCUGGGAAGAUGGGAACCAUGGAAAUGACCUGCCAAGUCUAACCAAUGCUCUGCCUCAGGGUGCAAAUGGAAUACAAGAUUCAUCAAACAGGUCUCACCGAACGGUGUUCACACGAGCUAUUGAGGCAUGCGAUCUCCAUUGGCAGGACAGUCACUUACAGCACAUUAUUAACAGUGAUCUGUAUACCAACUACUGUUACCACGAAGAAGCUCAAAACUCACUCUUUGAUUCUCAUGGGUGGCCCCUCUGGCAUGAGCAUGUGCCUACGGCUUGUGCACGAGUAGACGCACUCCGAUCUCAUGGCUACCCAAGGGAAGCACUGCGGCUGGCAAUUGCUAUUGUUAAUACUCUAAGGAGGCAGCAGCAGAAGCAGCAGGAAAUGUUCCGGUUCCAGAAGAAAGAACUUCUUCACAAAGGUGUUACCUCUAUUACAAAUCUAGAAGGUUGGGUUGGGCAUCCAUUGGACCCAAUUGGCACUCUUUUCAGUAGCCUUAUGGAAGCCUGCAGGGUGGAUGAUGAAAGCUUCCAUGUGUUCUCAGAUUUCACAGAGAACAUGGGCCCAUGCAAAUCUCUGGAAUACUAUCACUUGCCUACCCACAAAUUCUUAGAAGAAGGAGAAUCUUACUUAACACUAGCAGUGGAAGUGGCAUUGAUAGGAUUGGGUCAGCAGAGGAUAAUGCCUGAUGGCUUGUAUGCGCAAGAGAAGGUUUGUCGAAAUGAGGAACAGCUAAUUUCCAAACUACAUGAAAUAGAAUUGGAUGACACUCUGGUGAAGAUUUUCCAAAAGCAAGCAGUCUUCCUGUUAGAAGCUGGACCCUAUAGUGGUCUAGGUGAAAUCAUCCAUCGGGAGAGUGUUCCAAUGCAUACCUUUGCCAAGUAUCUUUUCACCUCUCUCCUACCUCAUGAUGCUGAACUAGCAUACAAAACUGCACUGAGAGCAAUGCGGUUACUGGUAUUGGAAUCAACAGCUCCAACAGGAGAUAUGUCUCGUCCUCAUCACAUAGCAUCAGUUGUUCCAAACCGGUAUCCCCGUUGGUUCACUCUGAGUCACAUUGAAUCUCAGCAGUGUGAGUUAGCAUCAACUAUGCUAACAGCAGCCAAAGGUGAUGUUCGAAGGCUUGAAACAGUGUUAGAAUCUAUUCAGAAAAAUAUUCACUCCUCAUCACACAUUUUCAAGCUUGCCCAAGACGCUUUUAAAAUAGCAACACUUAUGGACAGUUUGCCAGAUAUUACCCUUCUAAAAGUCUCUCUGGAGCUGGGUCUUCAGGUGAUGCGCAUGACAUUGUCAACAUUAAAUUGGCGGCGGCGGGAAAUGGUGAGGUGGUUGGUGACAUGUGCAACAGAAGUAGGUGUGUAUGCACUGGACAGCAUCAUGCAAAGCUGGUUUACACUUUUCACUCCAACUGAAGCUACUAGUAUUGUUGCUACUACAGUAAUGUCAAACAGCACUAUAGUCCGCUUGCAUCUAGACUGCCAUCAGCAGGAGAAACUGGCCAGCAGUGCUAGGACGCUUGCUCUACAGUGUGCCAUGAAGGAUCCUCAGAACUGUGCCCUCUCUGCACUGACCUUAUGUGAAAAGGAUCACAUAGCUUUUGAGACUGCUUACCAAAUUGUUCUUGACGCCGCUGCAACUGGCAUGAGCUAUACGCAGCUUUUCACUAUAGCACGAUACAUGGAACAUCGUGGUUACCCUGUGCGGGCCUAUAAACUGGCCACGUUGGCCAUGACACAUCUCAACCUGAGUUACAAUCAGGAUACACACCCUGCCAUUAAUGAUGUUUUAUGGGCUUGUGCACUCAGUCACUCCCUUGGAAAAAAUGAAUUGGCGGCUAUAAUACCUCUGGUGGUCAAAAGUGUCAAAUGUGCAACAGUACUGUCCGAUAUCUUGCGUAGAUGUACUUUGACCACUCCUGGAAUGGUGGGACUUCACGGAAGGAGGAACUCUGGUAAGCUCAUGUCCUUGGACAAAGCCCCAUUAAGGCAACUCCUAGAUGCCACAAUUGGAGCAUAUAUUAACACAACACACUCUCGGCUCACGCACAUCAGUCCACGGCAUUACAGCGAGUUUAUAGAAUUCCUGAGUAAGGCCCGUGAGACUUUUUUGAUGGCUCAUGAUGGACACAUUCAGUUUACUCAGUUCAUUGACAACCUAAAACAAAUCUACAAAGGCAAAAAGAAACUGAUGAUGUUGGUUCGUGAACGAUUUGGUUGAC